GUGUUGGUAGGAGCUUCACGGUGACUUUUCAAGGUAGUUUGGUUCAUGUACUUCAGUAUUCUGCUCAGCUCUAAUUCCAUUGUGUCUUACAGGUUUGUGGGGGUUUUUAUGUUUUGUAUUUAGUUUCUUAGUCUGCUUUUUAGUUAUACCAUUUAUCUUUUAAAUUAUUUUUAGAUAUAUAAGUUAAGAAACUAUAGAGAAGUAAAAUUAUUGAAAAUUCAUAAACCUCGUUGCUUCUUAAUGCCUAAAGCUGUUUAAUUUAUUCAAUUCUUCUUUUCUGUUUAACUUUUUUGUCAUGUUAUUUCAUUAUUAAAUCAUUAAAAAUUAAUAUUAAGUAAUCUUAUGAAGCUUAUUAAGUCAGUUUUUAAUCUUAGUCUUACCUAAUUUUUUACUUUUGGUUCUCUUAUUUUUUUAUACUAAUCAUGUUCUCUAGUAUUUCAUUGAUUUCUCCAGGUCAAGAUUGCCCACCUGAAAGUUGGACCGGUUUUUUAUUGUUUGAUUUCCUUUGACCUAUAGUAUCAGAUUUGACCAGUUAACAUGCUUGCAAUAGCAAAACCUCUGUUAGCAGUAAUGGCAUGAUUGUAAUAAGCAUCUCCUCACUUUUUUUUUUUUUUCUUUUUUUCGGAGCUGGGGACUGAACCCAGGGCCUUGUGCUUGCUAGGCAAGCGCUCUACCACUGAGCUAAAUCCCCAGCCCUUCUCCUCACUUUCUUGAUAUAAAACAAUGUUAAGAUUUAAAGAGGGACUUAUUUAUCAGUUUUUCAGGUAUUUCAGUCUUAACCUACUUGUUCUCAGGUUAUCUGAGAGUAAAAAUCUUCUUUUACUCUGCUUUCCUUUCCAGACAGCAGUCAACUGUUAGAAUUCUUUCUUGCCCCAAAUACUUUUGCUUCACAUGUCUUGCCUCCUGUAUUUGUAAAGUUUUUAUAUUAAUGUGGUAUGAGAUUAUACAGUUGGAAAUGACUAAAGACUCUGGUUUUUAUGGCAUUUUCCACAAUGUCAAAGGUGUUUAUUUGUAAAUUGUGCACAUUUUUUAUGUGUAUUUUAUAUGUGUGUUGGGUUGUGUCUGAGUGUAUCUCUUACCUGCUUGAUCCAGAGGAAGGUAUUGGCAAAGGAUCAGUGAACUGAGUUUGUUUAGAAUUUAUGUUGCAUUUGUUACAGAAAAAGUUUAUGUAUCUUGUCUAAAAUAAUCUAUAAUUAUCAUUUAAUAUUAUGAUAAAGUAUCACAAUUGGUUUUUAUAUUUGUGUGUGUAGAUAAGCAUCUGACUCUGUGUGCUUGUGUUUAUGACUAUUUAUAUACACUCACUGAAGUUUUCUUUACAGAAGUCUAAAGGGAUAAUUUUAAGAGGAAUACACUUUUAAGUACACAUUCUGGUAGCUGAACCCUGUUAGUGAAGGGAACGGUAUUCACUUUCCACAACACUUCCUUGUUCUAUUUUCUUGUCAUGCCUUUUGAUGACUAUAGCAGUCUGCAUUUUUUUAACUUUUAUCAAGGGUGUACCUAGAGAAUAUUACAUAGCAUCCUAUCUUCUGACAAUUGAGAAUGUUUUACAUUUGUGUGUCAUCACUAGUAGUCGUUCUUCCUGGGGACAUAUUUUCACAUUCCUUUUUUGUCAGCAGUACUCUGUUUUACACAGAGUUAGGGAUGAUGCUUUUACUCAGUCAGGGUCUUCACUCUCAUUUGUGAUUUUUUUUUUUUAAGUCAAAUGGGAAUUUUAGUAGUUUGUAGCAAAAUCUAAUCCUUAGCACGUUGGUUUAGGUAACUAUGCCUCUCUUAAAGAAGGCAUAUAUACUUCAUCACCUCUCUAGUAUCAGGAAAGAACAGAUUCAUAAAUUUCCUUCUUGCUUCCUUCCUUAGGCUAUAAUAAUUUCAAAUAUGUUCAAGUUUCUAGUAAAUGUACUUCAAUUCUGCUGCCGUACAUGUCCCUUCAUCCUCUUUCAUCUUUCUUCUUUCUUUUCAUUUAUAGUUAGUUGUCUUUUUCUGCUCUUACCUCUUUUGUCCCCCUCUUUUCUCUGUGCACAGUAAUUUGAUUUCAUCCAUAGUUGCCUAAACUACCAUUUAUACUGUUAGUGGUCAUCAAGGUAGUGUAAUUGCAGUAGUCGUUUUCAGUUUUUAUCUUAAUCUGUGGGUAAUAUUUGACACUCUGGCCCCAUUUUCUUAAAAUUUUUCUUCCUCCUGGUUUCUGAUACUUUCCCCUAGAUUUCUCCUUUCUUUUCAGUUGUCUUUCCCCUUGACAUUCUGCUUGUGUCUGACAGACUUGACUCACACAGCUUAGUUAUCUCUAGUGCUUUUGUUUUCUAGCUCAGAACUUUACCAAAAGACCCAGACUAGGAAUCUAGCUUUUAAACUUUCAAACGUAGACUGUCCUCUAAGUUGCAAUUUGUGGUUCCUAGUGUCCCCUGUGUCUCAUAGUGCAAAAUGCCAGUGUCAUUGUUAUUUAACAAACCAGAAAACUUGGGAGUCAUUACUCUUUCCUUCCAUCCUGUUUCCAGACAUUGCUUCUGAUUCCUGAGUUCCUGUUUGUCUGUCUGACUCUCUUACCUCCCUAGUUUUAAACAGGUGUUACUCAAAAAGUUGUUUCGGAAUUUUUUUUACUUAUGCAAAUGUACAAAAGCACAUAUUUGUAGCUAUAGUUUACUUAGUCCUGAUGCUAAUAGAAUGUUUUGUGUGUUCAAAAAAAGUAAUGCUGUAUAUUUUUUCUCGUUAGUUUUAAUUAAACAUAUAGGUUUCAUUGUAACAUUUAUACCUGUAUAUAUUUUAAUCACACCCGUGCUUAUUAAUUACCUUUUCUUGUUCUCCUACCACUCUUGUUGAUCCCUUUCCAGGAACAUAAUGUGACGGAUUAUUACAGGAGCAACUGUCUUAGUUACUUUUUAAUUGUUGUGAACAGACACUAUGACCAAGACAACUUACAGAAAACUAUAUUGGUGGCCUUGUUUUUAUCCUUUUCAACAAUUGGGGACCAAGUAUUCAAACGUGAGCCUAUGAGAGCCAUUCUCACUUAAACCACCCAGAGGUGCAGCUUAUUAGUACCUCCACUACUGAAGAAAAUGUCUCUCCCUAGUAACCAUAAAUGCCUGUAGAUUCUCACUACCCUUUUCUUUUCUGUUGAUGGAAUGUUAGCAGGUGUAGUCUUGUACAGAUCUUUCUUGUGCAAGUAAUUACAGAUGCUAAGCACUCAAGAAUGCAGUAUCAUGUCAUGCCCAGAAGAGAGUUUUGAUAACAUUCCCCCUUCACUUGGCUCUUAGAUUCUGUUAUGGUCCCUGAGCCUUGGAGAGAGGGAUAGAGUUUUAUUCUUAGUGCUGAGCACUGGUGUGUCUGUAGUUAGCUGUUGCUUGCUGCCAAAAGAAGCUUCUUUAGGCCAGAGUUGGCACUGACACUUAAGGACACAGAUGUUUAGAUGGAAGUCAAAGAGCAGCCUGUCCAUUUGCUACUGGUAGAGUAUUUGACACAAGCUACUUUUCCAAGCUACUUGUCUUUGACCAACAGUGCAUAGAGGUUUUCUGAUCCAAGCGAUCAGGACAACCUCUGAAGUCAGGCUCAUGGCUUUUGGCUGAAAUCUACUACUUCAGGAUCUUAGGUCAUUCCCAGUGAGUUUGUUUUUUCAGACUACAUGUGAUGUCAACUUAGGCAUACUACUUCCUUUCUCAGUGUCCUUCAGUGACUAUGUUUUGUCCUUAGGAUAAAGUCUGUAGUCAUUAGCUUAGCAUGGUUUAGGAGAUUAAAUGUUUGCUUGUUUAAGUUUCAUUUACUAAUUUUCCAUUUGUGACAGCCUUUAAAUAUUUAGGUGUGCUUUCUCUGAUUUUUGAGGCUCACAGUGUGCUAUUUCAUUUGUUGCUACUGCUUUUCUCUUCACUUUUACUCGUUUCUUAUUCUUUAAUCAAAUUUCAGUUUAGAAGUUUCUUCACAGAGAACUUCACUUUGUAGUUGGAAUUAGAAUGGGUUUUAUAAUUAUUAAGAGACGUGAGUUUUCCCUUAGUUUGUGUGGAUACUGUGUCUCCUUUGAUUGCUGCUGCAUCUAUUGAGCGCUGACAUUUGAGGUGAUAAACUGCAGCCAUUGCAGCAGUCCUAAUUACCAUAAAGUAAAGGUCUUCGCAUUUGUAAGAAAACUCGUGCAGUAUACUGGCAAGGCAAGAAAGCUCUUUCCUUGGCUUCUCAACAAUGUUAACAUUGAAAUGUGUAAAACUAACUGAAGCAUGUAAAUACUCCAGUUUUAAAGGUUUUUUUUUUGCAGCAAAGUUAUAACAACAACGCGUGAGUAGCAAAUGUCCUUUUGCUUUUUAUUUGAAAUACAUGAAGUGUAUGUUUUUUUGUAGACACUAGAUAAUGGUGCUGUGUUGUCUAGAAUCUUUUUCAUAUUGUCAUUUUGUUUUAGCAUACUUGGGGGUUACAUUUUAGCUUUUAAGAAAGCAACAGCAACAGUAAAUUCAGAUGCUUGUAGCACUAAAAUCAUGUCUGGAGUCUGUUUUUUUUUAAGAUGUUUUAAGAAAUUUAACGUGACGGUACUUUGUUGACAGUUGGCUUAAAGUUGCUUAAUUACCUUUUGGCUUUUACAUUUUGCAUUUCAUGUUUAUAAGUUUUAUGUUUUAAACAGUUGAUUUGAUCUACUUAAUUAUUAUUUAAAGUCUAAGAGUACUUGGAACUUAGAGCCUCCCUAAAGAAUGCAAGUUCCAUGUAAACAGUGCCACUGGAGUAACUGCACAUCCCAUUUUGCUCUUGUAAUUGUGUGUUCUGUUUGAACAUUUCCCUUACUUGGAUGCUUGUGUUUGUAAAUUUUAGUUUACUGUGGCCAAUUUUUUCUAAUUGUUUGUAUGCAGUGUCUAACCUUUCUUUGAAAGUAGGACUGUUUGAGAACCUUUGCUUGCUACACAUAAUCUUGAGCUUUGACUGGUGUCUGCUGUAGUGAGAUCACUGUUCUGGCUGCUGCACCCACCAUAGGACUGGUUUGUGAAGCACUGUUCUUUCUUGGGAUUGUAAAUACACUUCGAAAUGAAACUUGCAUCAUUUUUUUCAACAUGAUUUUUUUUCUCCCUUCAUAUAAUCUUAAACUAGAUUCCUCUCUUACACAAUUAUUUUAUAAAAUUUUACUGGUUGUUUUUCUAGCUCUCGUAGUCUAUAUGUAGCUGUGUGUCUUUUACACGAAUACAGAUAUUUUCUAAAAGUUAAAAUUGAAGUUAUCAAAGGUUUCUAAAGGGUGUUGUAGUAAUUGGUGCAUUGAUCGUAGGUAAUUUGACAUUCUGCCUUAAUAUCACAUUAAAAUAACACUUUAAAAAAAAAGUCUAUUGUAGAUACAGUAAUUUUCUCUCAGCACCGUCAGCAUUUACCUAGGGAUGGUGACUCAUGCCAGUCUAAUGAGACAUGUACUCCUUGAUAAUAUUUAAUUAGUUACCUAGGGGUAAAGUUUGGCUACUCAUCUUCUGAUAGACAUUUGCAGCACUGAUAUUCACAGUGCAUUUAGAUUGCAUAGCAGUCACAAAUGCUGUCAUCUGGCUCACAUUCUCCCAACAGGAAUGCUUUAACUUACUGUAAAUUACUAUCUGUUAGUGUGUUAUAUGUCUCCACAGGAGGAUGCUGGAUUAUUUUACAUUAAGAUCUUGAUAAAGUUGAUAUAUUUGGUGUCUACUCUUAUAUGGUAUCUUUUUUUUGUGUAAUGAUUUGCUUGAUCCAAAUGUAAUUUGAGUAAUAAUGUUUAUGAAAUGCCUUUAAGUUAGUUUUUACCAGCCCUAAGAUCUUCUGAUGGUGAAUUUUUUGCUGCUUUUCAGCUCAGCAAAAUUUUUGUAUAUUGAGAUGGAUCAUUGUUCCAGAGAGUAAAGAAUAUUGCAAUGUUCUAAUGAAUUCCACGCUUAAUAUACUUAAAGCAACUAUAGAGGUUUACUUUUCCAUUAACAAGACAUUUUUAUUCUUAUGAUAAAAAUUAAUGCUAUUGUUCCCAUUUAUAGUUUUUCUUGACUAUAAUAUGCAUUGUUGAGCUAGAAAUGAGUGAUAUACAGUGGUAAAAACUAUAAUUAUGGUGUCAGUAAUUCAAGAUAAACUUUAUCAUGUAUGAUCUUUUAUUUAAUCCCCACAGUAACCUUUUAAGGACGUUUGUUGGCUCUUAUCAUCUCUAUUUUCUAUAUUGCUGCACUGAUACUCAAAACGAGUAGUGUUCUUACACUGAUGCACUUAAGUCUAGACUUUUAACUAUAGAUAACACUCUUAGUUCCAGAAUUUUCUGGAGUGACAAUUGACUUUUCUAAUUUUAUCAAGAUACUCUGAUACAGGUCCAACAGCUCAUCUUAGGGAAUAUUUACUCUUCCUUCAUCUCGUGGGAAUUUUUACACAUCUUGAGGCUGCAUUUAUCUGUAUGAGGCAACUUCCUAUGUUGGUGGUAUCUAGUAGUUGUAUCACCUUAUUUUAGUGCUGUCAUUAGGGCUGUUUGUGUGACUGUUAACAGUUUUAUUUUUUAAAGCUGUUUACAGCCUUUUAUUCUUUUUAAAACUGUUACAUUGAUGAAAUGGUAGAAUUUUUAGAGUUAAAAAGCAUUUCCUAUUUAAUGAGGGCAGUGAGUGAAAGAAACUAACGCAUGUAGAACAAAAGUAGCAUGGCUUGAUGUGUGAAACUUUAAUCCUUUUCCUGUUUUUGCUAACUUUCGAAUUUAUGGUGUCUGAUACAUUUUAUUCACUUUUACAGGCCCUAGAUGGUCAAAAUAUUUAUAAUGCUUGCUGUACCCUAAGGAUUGAUUUUUCCAAACUUGUGAAUUUGAAUGUAAAAUACAACAAUGAUAAAAGUAGGGAUUAUACACGACCUGAUCUUCCAUCUGGAGACGGCCAGCCUGCAUUAGACCCAGCUAUUGCUGCAGCAUUUGCCAAGGAGACGUCCCUUUUAGGGCUUCCUGUUGCAGCUGUCCCAGGAGCUCUCAGUCCUUUGGCUAUUCCUAAUGCUGCUGCGGCAGCUGCUGCCGCUGCCGCUGGCCGAGUGGGCAUGCCUGGAGUCUCAGCUGGUGGCAACACAGUCCUGUUGGUUAGCAAUUUAAAUGAAGAGAUGGUUACGCCCCAAAGUCUGUUUACCCUCUUCGGUGUUUAUGGCGAUGUGCAGCGCGUGAAGAUUUUGUACAAUAAGAAAGACAGUGCUCUGAUACAAAUGGCCGAUGGGAACCAGUCACAGCUUGCCAUGAAUCAUCUUAAUGGGCAGAAGAUGUAUGGAAAAAUUAUUCGUGUUACUCUCUCUAAACAUCAGACUGUGCAACUACCUCGAGAGGGACUUGAUGAUCAAGGGCUAACAAAAGAUUUUGGGAAUUCACCCCUGCACCGUUUUAAAAAACCGGGAUCCAAAAACUUUCAGAACAUUUUCCCUCCUUCUGCAACCCUUCACCUGUCCAACAUCCCUCCUUCUGUAGCAGAAGAGGAUCUGCGAACUCUGUUUGCCAACACCGGGGGCACUGUGAAAGCAUUUAAGUUUUUUCAAAGAGAUCACAAAAUGGCUCUUCUUCAGAUGGCAACAGUGGAGGAAGCUAUUCAGGCUUUG